GUCAAGCUGAUGAUAACAUGGCGGCUCAGAAUACCUUUGGGCUGAUCUUUGCCUGCACCUGUGGAGUGAUCCUGGGAAUCGGGCUCUGUGCCAACCUGCUGGUCUUCUCUUUGUUUGCCAAGUACAACACACUGCGUAAGAACCGCCUGGACAUCCUCCUCCUCAGCAUGACUCUGGCUGACUUUCUAACCCUCCUGCUCAUCCCCUUCACCCUCUACUCCGCUGUGAGCUUCACCUGGCCUCUCGGUGACACCUCCUGCAAGGUCUACCAGUUCCUGCUGGCCUUCAGCCUGGCUGCCAGCACCUACUCCCUAUGCGCUGUGUCCAUGACCCGCGCCAUGAUCAUCACCAACCCAUACCAGCCGCCCAACAUGGACCUGGUCAUCCUCAUGUUUGUCUUGGUCUGGGCCCUCAGCUUCUUCAUCAGCCUGCCUCUGCGAAUGUUUGCCACCAAAGAGACUCUGGGCCCGAGCCUGGCGAACUGCUCCUUCUGCCUUCCAACCAUUCAUGAGCACCACUACCAAGUGGUCCUCAGCCAGUUUGUGCUUUACUACUUUUUUCCAAUGCUAGUAAUCGCCUUCAACUAUGUCCGUCUGGCUCUUUUCCUCCACAAGAGUCCUGUAAUGUCGGUGUCCAGUGCCAGAAACACCCGCAGAGCCUCUGUCAUGGUGUUCUUGGCUGCUGCUACCUUCUCAGUGUGCUGGCUGCCCGGCUAUGUGCUGGAGCUGUGUGUUUACCUGGGUCUGUAUCGCCACGGACAGGCCUGGGAGAUGUUCUACUUCACCUGUACUGUGCUCCAGUACCUGCACCCCUGCAUCAACCCGGUGCUCUAUGUGCUGCUGUCGAAGCGUUACCGCCACAGGAGGGCAGCCUGGCUCUUCAGCUGCAACAGGAACCGAGUGCAGCCGCAGGUCAUCAGUGUCACCACAGACAGCUUUUAAAUCCAGCUCAUUUGUUGAAGCAUCAGGCAAUGAGUACUAUUAUUAAAGUAUGGUAUUGUUUGUACAAAUCAGAUACAUAAGUGCAUGUCUUUUUGCCCCUUUCAUUUACUCUCUUUUUUCCUCUCAAUUUGUGGUAAAUGUAAAGAUAAAUAGUGUAAAAAGGAACAGCCAGGAUUAUUUUUUAUCUAGAGACAUUUACUAUUCACUAAAGAAAAAUCAGCAGGAACCAUCCAACCUUAGUAUCUUAUUUUGAAUGUGUUUUUUUCAGAGAAACUAUGUAACCCUACUACAGAUUCUACAGUACUACCAACCCAAAAAUGUGAAAUUUUAAAAAUAUAUGAUGAUCAUCUUUGUAAUACUGCAUUUCUUUCUGUCAAUUUUUUAAGUAAU